AUGGCACCUACGAUGCAAAUCGUAGGGUUACUGCUGAGUCUCGGCAUGACCUAUGGCGACUACUCGAGCCUCAUAUCCAGCCUGUACAAGAAGGCGAGUCGCCACAACAAGCCGCUCGUCCUAGUCGUUGACAACGCCAAGCGUAACCCUAGAAACUCACGCUUGGACGACUCUCUUUCAGCCUCCAAUGCCAUCUUGAAUUUGUUGCAGCAAUCACAGGCAAAAGUCGAUAGUAGAUCUGACAGUAGAUCUUAUCACAGUAGCCGCCAUAAUCGUGCGGAUGAUGAUUCAUACAGCAGAUGUGAUGGUAACCGGUGUGAUGAUGAUAGAUAUAAUGACGAUGAUAGCAGGUCUAAUCGCCACAACCGCUAUAGCGAUGAUGACAUCCGUCUCUACCGUUAUAGUCCAUCAGAGGACAACAAUAGAUAUAGACACCACUCGAUAUAUCAUGACAGUAGGUCUGAUCGUAACAAUCAUUACGAUGAUUACAGUAGAUUACAUAGUCACAGUCGAUAUAGCGAUGAUGACAGCCAUUCAUACCGUCCCCGUCGUGAUGAUGAUAGAUCUAAUCGUAAAUAUCGCGAUUACAACAGCCGACCCAGUCGUUAUAAUCGUUAUCGCCCGGAUGACAGAGAUGACAGUGACAGUCGCAGCAAUAGAUACAGAUCUCACCGAAGCAAGUCGGACCAGAUCGUCAGCAAAGAAUAUGGCGGCCAAGACGACAGCAGAGAGUAUCACAGAUCACAUCACAGGUCUCCGUCUCGCCAUGACCGUCUGAGGCAUUACAGGCAUCUCAGGAACCAUCAACAAAGACUUGAGAGGGACGACAUAGACUUUAGAUUAGACGACGACCGUUCACGUAGUAAACGGGGCAGAGACAGUAGAAGUGACAGAGAUGAUAGACGUGAUAGAGAUGACAGAGACGACAGGGACGACAGGGACGACAGGGACGACAGGCGCGACAGAGACAGGGACCGGUUCGAUAGUUAUGACAGCAAAUCAAUAGCCAGAUUAAGGAAAGUUGUGCAUUCGCCUUUAGUGAAACAAUUAUUGCGCCAGGCAAACGAUAUACAAUGUGAAGCUAAAGACGAGUGUCAAAACGAAUGCGAUGAGAAAUUAGAAGGCAAGAAGCAGGAUGAGUGCGAAGACAAAUGUGAGAAAAAAUUCGAGUGCGAAGAUGAAAAGAAAGAGGAGACUGGGGCAGAAGCGUGUGACCGCGACGAGUGUGCUGAAAGUAAAGAAGAUGACAACCCCAGCACAAGGGGCGUUUUACUGGAAGAAGAGAAGGGUAAUGAAUGUAAGCGGUGUUAA